UACUCGAAAAAAAGUAAUUAUACUAAUUAUUCCGAUAAAUUAGAUUAAUGAGCUUUUAAAAAUGUCCAGUAAUUUUCUAAACAGUUCACGGUUGUUGACGACUACACAAAAUACGAACAAAAAGUUAUACUUAACACCGAAAUUCUUGUUGUUAAACAUUGCAUUAGAUAAGCCGAUAUUUUAAACAAUAAGUAAUAAUUAUUAAACACAGAAACGGCAUUGUAAAAUGAUUAGAAAAAUGUAUAAAUAGCUUUUAAAUUCCAUUGCAACUUUACAAAAUACAAAGUAAAAUGGCAUCAAGCGUAGAUGAUACAAAUAAAGAAAACGAAGAAAUUGUCCGGCAACAUGUGGAAAAUUUACUCGACGACCUUUCUUUAAAGGUCGAAUCAUUGGAAUUAACACGCGAAGUAGUAAAUAAUUUCAAUGGGUUCAUAACGAAUGCAGUUGUGGUAGCAAAAGACAGCAAUGGGACCAAGAAAAGUUUCAAUUGGAUUGUGAAGACCGCGCCAACGUUCGAAAACUUUCGUAUACUUUCAAUGAUGGAAGAUUGCUACGAAAGAGAAAUAGAAGCCUACAAAUUAAUUUUUCCUGCUUUCAAUGAGUUCCAGAAGGAAUUAGGCAUUUCAAAUCGAUUCCAAUCAUAUCCCAAAUGUUACUACGACUGCUCGGAGCAUUUAAACGAAACUUUAAUCUUAGAAAAUAUGAAAGAACGUGGCUACGAACUGCCUAAAUGUAAUAACCCUUUGAACGUGGAACAUGCCCUUAUCGUGAUCAGAGAAUAUGGGAAAUUGCACGCUUUGUCUUUUGCAUUAAAAGAUCAGAAACCUGAAAAGUUUUUGGAGUUGAAGAAUCAAUCAAAAGGAAACUAUUUCUCGAGUUUCGGCGAUGAUCAACUGGAUCAUUUCCUCGGUGUUAAAAGAAAAUCGAUCAUGGGAUGUUUAAAUCCGGAUGAAGAUAAGGCUUUGAUUAAAAAAUUUGAAAAAUUCAUCGAAAAGUCGAAAAAAAUGAUACGAGACAUUUACAAUGACGAAUAUGCCGUUUAUACACACGGCGACUGCUGGACUAAUAAUUUGCUCUUUAAAUACGAGAAUCCAAAAAAGCCAAAUAGUCCUACAGAUGUCUGUCUCAUUGAUUUUCAAAUGUCUAGUUUUUCGUCACCCAUUGCGGAUGUUUCGUACUUUAUACUGGGUAACACAGAUUGCGAUUUUCGUAAAAAACACUGCGUUUAUUUAUUAAAAGAAUAUUACGCGUCCUUGUCGAGAUCUAUAAAGAGUCUGGGUAGCAAUCCAGACAAACUUUAUUCUGUUAAUGUAUUUCGAAAACAACUGGACGAAUACAUGGCCUAUGGAUUGUUUUUUUCGGCCAUUGGACUCAAGUUGUUACUAACUGAUAAAGAAGAUUUUCCGGAUCUUUAUCAAGUAGUUACAAUAGAUAAUUUAACUGACGCUUUUUCUUGUAAUCAUUCUGAUAAAUUCAAAAAAAGAAUGAGAGAUAUAUUACUUGAUUGUAGUAAAGCAGGGUAUUUGUAGUAAUAACCGACAAAAAGGCGAAAAUUUAUCUACAAUAAAAUGUAUGGCGGUGGCGCACAAAAUAAAUAUAAUUUUUGUUGUAAGUUAUAUAAAUGAAUAAAUUUCCUUGAAAAAUCCGUAUUAACUGGUUUAUACCGUUUUCUAAUGCUUGAAAUAACCAUUUUAGGGACAGAAUUUGUUGUUUGCUAACACUAAAUUAGUGUUAUUUAAAUUAUUUAUAUUUAGGUAUUGUAAAAAUUUUCAAAAGACAAAAACCAAACGUUCAUGUGCACAAGACAAAAAGAAAUGGAAUGAUAAAAUAUGUAUUUCAAAAAAUGUAACUCGUUAUCUUUACAAAUUUGUAUUUGCAUUUACUUAUCUUUUUGAGGCAUUUAUCAGUAUUUGAAUUUUUAAUACAAAUUACAUGCGGGAAUAGUUUAAUAAGUUGAAUUGCUGCUAAUAAUGUACAAGUGAGACAAUUAUCAGUCAACAAUGUUCUCGUAAUAGUAAAAAUUUGAAAAAUACAAGUCACACAAGCAUGAGCCGUGUGGCCUGUCGCCCCGCACUCUUUUUUAAUGAACGU